CCGGAUUAGUAUAUCCAGAUCGCUCUUACAGAUGCAGCCCAUUAGAGCCGACUCCAAAUCCGCCAGAGGAGUUCCUUGGCGAUCAUCACACGAUUAACUCGUUGGAAACAUUAACUGUCAGGACCUGCUAAAAUACCAACCAUGUCCGUUGCUCUUUGUGUCUGUAUUCUGUCUUGGUACCUCCACAACAGCGCUGCUGAAGCAGAGCUUGCCCCACCAAGGGACGUGACGAUGAUCACCAUGAACACCCAUUACAGACUGAGCUGGGACUGGGAUCAGAGUGCUGCAGGCUCUCACAAUGUCACAUUCACCACACAAUAUGUUGCGAAGUACAAGCUGAAGUUCAAGAAGAAGAGUCUGAACUGGUUUACGUCAUGCGAGGAGACGUCAGAGAGGUCAUGCGAUCUUACAGCAUGCAACCUGCACUACCUCGGUAUUUUCAUGCUUCGUGUGCGAGCCAACAUGAAUGGGCUUCACUCCACCUGGGUGCAGAAGGAAUUCUGUCCUGAUAAAGAUGCUGCUGUGGGAGCUCCAACCAAAGUUAACCUUGCUCCUGCUGGAAGUGAUCUGGACGUUUUCAUCUCUGACCCUCUGACAAGUACCAACAGCUCAAUGAAGGAACUUCUUCCCAAGCUAUACUACCGUAUUCUUUACUGGGAACACUCUGAAGACAGACAGACCUCAAGAACCCAGCUUGUAAACAGCAAUGCCAAUGUGGUGACUUUGCCAAACCUGAAGCCCUGGACUUGGUACUGUGUGAGCGUGCAGACACGCUAUGACUUCUACAACAAGAGCAGCAACUUUACCUCACCGCAUUGCAUGCAGACUGAAGGUGCUACUCCAUGGUGGCAGAUCUUUGUGUGCUUCGUGGGCUCUCUUGUUGUCUGCUUUCUCGUCAUGCUGCUCUCACUCUAUGGCUCUUUUUGGUGCUGCAAGACCUUCAAGACAAUAUUGUACCCUUCCAACCAGCUGCCCACACACUUUAAGGAGUACCUGUGUGACUCUCCGGGUUCUGACAUUCCGCGCCUCCUCACACCGGAGUCAGAAUCAGAACUGCUGUGUGAUAACGUGACUGUCUGCCCAGAGCCAGCUGUCCUGGAAAUCCAUAACCCUCCACCUGAAGACUUUGCAAUACCCACGUUAGGCUCGGAGUCAGACAGCAGUGGCAGACACAGUCGCCAGGGCAGCGGUAGCAGCAGUGGAGACUCUGGAGUUUACUCUACAGGAGGCAGCUCCAACUUGCAGCAGCCCGACAUCACCAAGUCCUUUGCAGGUGCUCAAGACUGCUGGAAGGGUAUAUUUGACUCUGAACUAGUAAAGAUGCAGGAGAUGGCUCCAGAUCUUAAGAGUCAACCUCUGAUCACAGAUGAGCGCACUGUAGACAUGUCUGUCUGAAGCCAUGCACAGGAAGAGACAUUUAUUGAGAAGAGCAUGAUGCUAAGAGGAUGUCACAGAAGGUGCAGAUGUGGGGAGUGUAUAGUGUUCCCUUUUUACACCUUUCACUGUGAAACAAGUAGAGGUAUGUGUGGUGUUUGUUAUAUAUGAUAUAUGGAAGAAAGACACAAGCUGAAGAGUGACAGACUCACAAGAAACAAAAAUGCUGUGGCACUGAGUGUUACCAACCUCCAUGUAAUGCUGAAAACAAGCACCAUACUGCUGAUUUGAGCUUUCUAGCAAUUAUAUGAAAAAUUCAGGUCCUUACUUGGAGACCAUCAUAUUUACACCAAACAGGAGGUGCUGUUGGUGCUGUUUUAAAUAUAUUCUACAUUCCCUUCUCCUUGUCUCCAACCGCCACUGUCUUAACCCUGCAUUCGCGUUGUGAGUGGAACCCCUUAAGCUUCAGUGUACCGCCGGCGGUACACUUACUAAUUUGCAUAGGAAUUUCAAGAAUGUCCGACGGCUGCAAACACGAUUAUACAAACACUAUACGCCGAUGGAAAGCUUAGAUUCUCAUGAAUCCACCGGUAUAAACCACUUUCAGAUGUGAUUACCACAGCGGGUGAGAAAAACACAUUUGUCCGACAAAAACAAAUAUUCAUCCAUCCGUUCUCUAUACACGGCUUCAACGCACACAGCGCGACUCACAUUUCCGGGUUCAUUAUUACACACAAAAAAAGGAUUCCACAAAAAACGGCCAUAAUCCAACCUUUUACAUCCAGAUGACACAAGCCAGUAAACUAUUUUAUCCAAAACAUGUCCUGAAGUCAGUAUAAAAUCCCCGAAUCGGUCAUUUUCAAGGAAAUGCACCUCGCGAUGCCCGUCCAAUAUUCCCUGUAUUUUUCGUAAUUGUUUUUAUUUAAAAAUAGAAUAUUAGCGAUUUUUUGUACUGAAAACGGCUGGAAUUGACUGAAGCUUAAAGGGUUAACGUGGGGCUUGAAUUUGACUGAGCUCAACAGAGAGGGUUGCAUCUCCAUAACAAUCUGCAUUAGUAUUGUUUCAAUCUUUUAUUGUCACAUUGCUUUAACCCUCAAGUGACCAUGUGAACAUUUUUGUGGUGUUAAAUGUUGGCUGUGUUAAUGCAUGUGGCAUAACAUUUGGUAAACGUGUUUAUUUUGGGGGAAAUUUAAUUCUAACCUCAGCUCCCAUAAUGUAUACAUGUACAUACAUGUAUUAUAAUGUGUAAUAUUUACACUCCAGACCGUAAACAAGAAAAUGUGCCCAUGGGAACCCAUUCAAACUGCUAUUUUUGAUGUCCCUGCCAUUACAUCAUGAAGAAUGAAAGUCAGUGACGUACUUAUUUAAAAAUAUUUUGCCUAUGAAACAAAUUGAGUUUUGAAGUGUUGGUAGGGAUGUCACAGAUUAGACCACCCUUCUUUUCUUCAAUUUCUUGUUCAUUUUUAUGCCUGCUACAACUGAAGGUACAUUUGUUUGGGCAAAUAUAAUGAUAACAAAAAUGGCUCAAGAGCUUAAUUUUAGAGCUGAUAUCUAGCCAUUUUCCAUGGUUUUCUUGAUCGUAACCAAAAUCACUUAAGUUCUUAAAUCAAUAGCCAUGACAUUGUACUGCCAAAAACAGUGCUUUUAGGCUUUCCUUGUUUUCUUUUCUGCCUGUUUUAGUCUCAUGAUACACACAGGAGUUAGUACUUGAUUGCAUAACCAUUGUUUCUGAUGACUGCAGCCAUGCAUCUUGGCAUGCUCUCAUUCACAUUCUGACAUUGUUCUGCUGUCACAGCAGCACAUUCCUGUUGCACAAAUUCAAACAAAUUUGCUUUGUUUUUGGGCUUGUGCUUCUCUACUUUUGCGUUGGGUGAUUUUCCACAAGUUUUCAAUUGGAUUUACAUCUGGUAAUUGAGCAGGCCAAGGCAUGGUUCAAAUGUUCUGGUUCUCCAUCCAGGCUUUAAUUGACCUGGUUUGUAGGCUUCUCCAAACUUCCUCCUAACCAGUAAGUUUCUGGAGUGGGCAUCAACUGAAAAUUGGAUUCAUCAACUGAAGAGAACCUCAGCCCAAUCAUAAACAGUCCAAUCUUUGUGAUCCCCAGCAAAGAGUAACUGGGCUUUCCUCUGCCUUUCAUUGAUGAAGGGCUUGUUCUGUGCCCUGUGUGACUUAAGACCAGCUUCAGGAAGUCGGUUUUGAACUGUCUUCGCCAAACAAGUCACGUUUUUCAAUAGUGCCCACUCAUUUUUAAGGUCCCUGGAGGUCUGACGAUGAUUUCUGACUCAGGAACGGAUAAGUGCACGGUCAUCUCACGGGGUGGGAAGUAGGGCUGGCCCGAAUAGUGGUUUCUGGCCUCCGCAGUGGCAGAGACAGCCCGAAUAGUCAGAUCCGUUCGUCUGGUCUGCCGGGUUCACAUUUUGCCCUCGUUUAGUAUUUAGUUAAACUGAAGAAUUCCUAAACACCGGUCUUCAGCAUCUUGUCUUGUGUUUAUGCAACAAAGUGAAGCGUGACUUCAGAGUCGGCAGUCACCCGACCAUUCGGGUGGUGUUUACAAACACGAAUGGAGGAGCCGAAAUGAGCCGAAGAACACGGUGGGAUGAGCCGAAAUGGGCCGAAGGCGCAGGGAAGAGACGAGCUCCGAAUAUUUUCGUCUGGGGGGAGGAGGGGGUGAUCACAUCGACAUAUGUGUAUAUGUUAUAGACAUAUGUGUAUAUGUUUAUGUGAUCACAGGACGUGAUGAGCCGAUGUGGGGCGGAGGGAAGACAGUAACGCUGCAUAUUCUUUCCGCCCGGUAAGGUCCGACGGUGGGGGGCGGCGAAUAUUCGGAUACCAAAAUUAAUAUCCGGAUAGUGCCGUAGCGAAUGAAUAUUCGGAUAUUCGGGUCCAGCCCUAGUAGGAAGAUGUUUCCUGCUGCGACCAGCUAGCAAUUUGGUAGUACCAUGUUCGGCUUGUUUUUCCUUGGUGUAAUGAAUGGCUGUCUUGGAGACCUUCAAUUUUUUCGCUACCUGUCUCUCACUUGUGCCAAUUUCCAGCAGUGCCAAGAUGGCUGCCUUUGUGGCUUCACAUAAUUCUUUUGUUUUCGGCAUUAUGUGAGAGCUGACAACUUCUGAGUUGUGCUACAACUUGAAUGUAAGCAGGAAACCACUAGGCCUUUCCAUGUGCAUUGCUGCUUUUUAUGUAAUCGGCUGCAUUUUUUUGUCAUGUUCAUUGUAUUCUUCAGGUAAUAUAAUGUACCUUUAGUCAUACCAGGCAUUAAAAUGAACAAGAAAUUGAAGAAAACAAGGGUGCUCUAACAAACGAUUGUGAAAUAACGUUAAAUAUGUUUUAAAUAUUCCUCAAAAUAGCGACCUUUUGCUUUGAUUCCUGCUUUGCAAACAUUUGGCAUUCUCUGGAUGAGCUUCAUGAGGUAGUCAUAGUUUUCACAAGUGUGCCUUGUCAGGGCUAAUUUGUGGAAUUUCUAGCCUUCUCAUCUUAAUGAAGUUCAAACCAUCAGUUGUGUUGUGCGGAAGUCUGGCUGGUACACAGUUGACAGCCCAAUUUAACAACUGUUAGAAUCCAUAUGUGCUGCAUCAGAUGACCUGGCCUUCACAGUCAUUUGACCUAAACCCAGUCGAGAUGGUUUGGAAUGAGAUGGACCGCAGAGUGAAGGUAAAAGGGCCAACAAGUGCUCAGCAUCUCUAGGAACUCCUUCAGGACUGUUGGAAAACCAUUUCAGGUGACUACUUCAUAAAGCUCAUCCAGAGACUGCAAAACAGGAAUCAAAGCAAAGGAUGGCUAUUUUGAAAAAUCUAAAAUCUAAAACAUGUUUUGACUUAUUUCACACUUUUUUGUUUACUGCAUAAUUCCAUGUGUUCAUUCAUAGCUUAGAUGCAUUCAAGCUACUAUGUAAAUAGACAUGAAAAUAAAGAAAAAACCAUUAAAUGAGAAUGUGUGUCCAAACUUCUGACUCAUAGUGUACCUGCACAUUACACAAUAAAUAGUUGGAAAUCCAA